AGAAGCUGCCGAGUGCCGGCCGGCCUAGGAACCGUCCUGCUUGGGUGGAUGCGUUUCCCGCCGGAUCGGUGAAGCCGCGGACCGCCUCGGGCUCCGGACACCGGAGGACGGCCCCGCGAGUUGGGUAACAUGUCGAGUUUCUCCAAGGCGCCCCAGCAAUGGGCCACUUUCGCUCGAGUUUGGUAUCUCUUAGAUGGGAAGAUGCAGCCCCCUGGAAAACUGGCUGCAGUGGCAUCAAUUAGACUUCAAGGAUUGCAUAAACCUGUAUAUCAUCAAAAGAGUGACUGUGGUGACCAUGUUGUCAUAAUGAACACAAGGCACAUAGCAUUUUCUGGAAACAAAUGGGAACAAAAAGUAUACUCUUCACAUACUGGCUACCCAGGUGGAUUCACACAAGUAACAGCUGCACAACUUCACCAAAAGGAUCCAGUGGCAAUUGUAAAACUAGCUAUUUAUGGCAUGCUCCCAAAAAACCUUCACAGGAGGACCAUGAUGCAGAGGCUGCAUCUUUUCCCGGAUGAGGAUAUACCAGAAGAUAUUCGUAAGAAUUUAGUGGAAGAGCUUCCACAACCACGAAAAGUACCCAAACGUCUAGAUGAGUACACACAAGAAGAAAUAGAGGCUUUCCCAAGAUUGUGGACUCCACCUGAAGAUUACCGGCUGUAGAGAAAUGAAAAUUGCAGAAAAUCUCAAGGAGAUGAUUGAAACUUCUUCCUGAUGAGUUUCUCCUGAGCUGCAGGGCUGAGUGAAGCACUGCUGCAUUGGGGUGGAAGCUGUUAUGGGCGCUGAACGGUGGUGGAGAAAGGUCAGGAAAGGAUCUUCCUUCUACAGGAAAUUGUAAUAGAAUCCAUUCUUUUAUAGAACUGCUGUCGUGUAAAUUGGAUUUGAAUGUUAUCAGUGGGAUAAGAAUAAAGUUGGCUAACUCA